AAAGAACAAGUGCACUCUCUCUCUUUUUGUCUCUCUCUCAUUUUCUUUCUCUCUUUAACUCUCUCUGAUUGGCUGCAUUAAACUCCGUCAGUGUCGCGCGGCGGUGCUGAGAGAGUCGACGGAUCUCUCGCGCUCGAGAGAGAGAGAGAGAGAGAGAGAUGAAGCGGACCUGUGCGCUCGCGGAUGAAUGCGCGAUUCGGUAAGAGCAGCGAGCACCAAGGGACGCAAUCCGGUUCUCUGUGGCUCCGCGCGCUGCGCUUCUCUCCGGUUCAUUUUCUCUGAGGGAAUUUUUUUUUUGUAUUUUUUUUUGGAAAUGCGUGCCAUCGCGUGCCAUCGUCGUCGUCCGCUCUUCGCUCCGCUCGCGCUCUCCUGCCCUGUCCUCCUCGCACGCCGUUCGCGCGCUUGACGCGGCGUCUGAUGAGAGUGCUCGCGGGCCAGCGGCGAGCAGCAUGUCCUCGCGCAAGAUCUCGUCGGAGUCGUUCAGCUCGGUGGGGUCCGACUGCCUCGAGAGCCCCGACGACGCCGAGUGCCCGUUCUCGCGCGCCUUCUGGAACGGCCGGAGCCCCGCGGAGACGCGCGCGUGCCCGUUCGACGACCAGGCUGCCACGGGAGCAAGGAGGGCCGCCAGGAGGAAGCGCGUGAACCUGGACUCGCUCGGGGAGAGCCUGAGACGGCUCACCUCACCCACGACGCAGACGAUCCAGCAGGCUCUGCAGAGAACUGUGGACUUCUACAGACAGAGAAAUAACAGCAGUGAUGAUGGGUCAGAGCAGAAAUGUGCAUUAGAAAAAUGUCCGUUUGUAAACUCCCAGUCCGACAACCAAACCGACAUCUCAGGAAUUCUGCAGUACACAGCGGCAAUAGUGGGUGUGGGGUUCCCUACACUCCGGGAGCGUUUCGGUGAAGAGUUCUUCGGACUUUGUCUAGAGGAGAACGAGCGGGUUCUCCGUGCUCUGGGUGGGAACUUGCAAGACUUCUUUAAUGGUUUUGAUGCUUUGCUGGAGCACGCGAGGACUUCAUAUGGCCGCAGAGCGUCUUCGGAGUCAGCGUCCUUUCUGUGCAAGGAUACAGAGGAAAAUAGAGACAGUGAGGGAGGAGGAAGAACCCUACUUCUGCACUGCUUUAACCCGGACCCCACGGUGGGUGUGGCCAUGCCGGGGUUGAUCCGAGCUGCUGCUCGGCGCAUAUACCAAGCGGAAGUUGAGGUGGAGGAGGCUCCGCCCACACGUCUCCGUGCAAUUAACGAGGAUGGAGAAAUCUCUGAUCACUCUACCCCAUCGUCAUCCCCAUCUCCGCCCACUUUCUCAUCCCCCGGCUGUUUGUCGUUCCUCAUUCGAGAAGUUCGGAUUGCGUCGUCCUCAGCGUCACCAUCGUGGUUGUCCUCACGUCAGCUGUCACGCUCACCAAUGGACCUCCGGAUCGGACUGAGCACAUUCUGCAGAGCGUUUCCCUUUCACCUCAUCAUUGGCCCCAAUAUGGACGUUCUGCAGGUAGGGGUGGGACUAAAGAAUGUCGGGGAGGGGCUUAGGAAGCCACACAGGACGCUGAGCUUCAGUGACAGCUUCCAGCUCGUCUCUCCCAGAAUUCCUUGCUCUUUCCAGAACAUUUUGCUUCGGCUCUCUACGCCGUUCACCAUUCGUACUCGGCCCGACCCGUCCGCUCUGGAAAGCAGGGAGAAGGUCAUGGAACUGAAGGGUCAGAUGAUCCAUCUUCCCGAGUCGAACUCCAUCAUGUUCCUGGGCUCGCCCCGUGUCGAUAGGCUGGAGGAGCUGAUGGGGCGUGGCUUACAUCUUUCAGACAUCCCUAUCCAUGAUGCCACCCGUGAUGUCAUACUGGUGGGCGAGCAGGCGAAGGCUCAGGAUGGCUUGAAGAAGCGCAUGGACAAGCUGAAGGCCACACUAGAGCGAACGCACCGCGCGCUGGAGGAGGAGAAGCGACGCACCGUCGAGCUGCUCUACUCCAUCUUCCCUGGCCAUGUGGCACAGAGACUCUGGCAGGGACUUCCUGUCCAGGCCAAGAAGUUUGAUGAUGUCACCAUGUUGUUCUCUGACAUUGUGGGAUUCACGGCCGUGUGCGAGCACUGUACGCCCAUGCAGGUCAUCAGCAUGCUGAACGAGCUGUACACGCGCUUCGACUACCAGUGUGGCGUGCUUGAUGUCUACAAGAUCGAAACGAUCGGUGAUGCGUACUGUGUGGCCGCAGGGCUCCACAGGAAAUGUGUGUGUCACGCCAGGCCGAUCGCAUUAAUGGCGCUGAAGAUGAUUGAGCUCUCAGAGGAGGUGCUCACGCCCGAUGGCAAGCCCAUCAAGCUGCGUAUAGGGAUCCAUUCGGGUUCCGUGUUAGCUGGAGUGGUUGGAGUGAAGAUGCCGCGGUACUGUUUGUUCGGGAACAACGUCACACUCGCCAGCAAGUUCGAGUCCGGCAGCCAACCACGGCGCAUUAAUGUUUCCCCGACGACGUACCAACUCCUCCAUGACGAUCGCUCUUUCUCUUUCAUCCCUCGCUCCCGUCAGGAGCUUCCGGAAAACUUUCCCAAAGAGAUUCCGGGAAUCUGCUACUUCCUGGAGGCUGGGAAAACCGGUCAAGGAAGCCACACCUCCUUGACCAAUACUCGCUCCGCCCCCAUCCGAAAAGCGUCCUAUAACAUCGGGACCAUGUUUCUACGUGAAACCAGCCUCUGAGGAAAGCCCUGCCCACCUCCUAUGCCGCAACUAAAACCACGCCUACAAGGCCAGAGGUGCCCGUGGCAACCGGUGGCUCCGCCUGUCGGAACGCAUCGCUACUCUCCCCCCGCCCCCCACCACCUGCCCCCGCGCAGAGCGGACGAGAAGGACUGCAGGAACGAGAAAUGAAUAUUCAUGAAUAUUCAAAUUUGACUCUAAAAGAAAUAUGGACAUUUGAAUAUAUAUAUAUUUGAAGAAAUAUACAUAUAUAUAUAUAUAUAUAUAUAUAUAUAUACAUACAUAUAUAUAUUUGCAUUAAGCCUUCUGCUCCACACAUGCACGCACACACACACACACACACACGCACAACAACAACAACAGGAAGACACACACACACACACAAAAUAUAAGCAUAUAAGCAUAUACAACAUACACACACGGCUCUCAGCAACCUAUGAACCUGGUGCCUUCUGAGAAAUAAAUAAACACAGUGUGUGGGUGUGGGUGUGUGUGUGCAUGUGUGUGUGUGUGUGUGUGUGUGUGUGUUUCAGUUUGUGAGGCUCCAUGCUUUAAUUUCAUUCAGACUGAACUGUCAGUCAUUCUUCAUCCAGCCACACCAUCAAUCAAACCCAGCCCUCCAAUCACACCACACCAACACCUGUCCAUCAAACCCAGCCCUCCAAUCACACCACACCAACACCUGUCCAUCAAACCAAGACCUCCAGUCAGACUACACCAACACCUGUCCAUCAAACCCAGCCCUCCAAUCACACUACAUCAUGGCCUGUCAAUCAAACCCAGCCCUCCAAUCACGCCACACCAACACCUGUCCAUCAAAGCCAGCCCUCCAAUCACACUACACCAACACCUGUCAAUCAAACCCAGCCCUCCAGUCACACCACACCAACACCUGUCAAUCAAACCCAGCCCUCCAAUCACACCACACCAACACCUGUCCAUCAAACCCAGCCCUCCAGUCACACUACACCAUGGCCUGUCAAUCAAACCCAGCCCUCCAAUCACACACACCAAAAACACUUGUCCAUCAAACCCAACCCCUGUAAUACACAAUAUCAAGACCUGUCAAUCUAAUCCAGCCCUCCAAUCACACCACACCAACACCUGUCCAUCAAACCCAGCCCUCCAAUCACACCACACCAACACUUGUCAAUCAAACCCAGCCCUCCAAUCACACCACACCAACACCUGUCAAUCAAACCCAGCCCUCCAAUCACACUACACCAACACCUGUCCAUCAAACCCAGCCCUCCAGUCACACUACACCAUGGCCUGUCCAUCAAACCCAGCCCUCCAAUCACACCACACCAACACCUGUCAAUCAAACCAAGACCUGUCAGACAAACCAUGACCAGCCAAUCAACCCCAGCCCUCCAAUCACACCACACCAACACCUGUCAGUCAAUUCCAGCUGUCCAAACACACCACACCAACACCUGUCAAUCAAACCAAGACAUUCAUUCACACCACACCAAGACCUGUCAGUCCAACCUAACUCUUCAAUUACAACACAACAAAACCUGUUAAUCAUUCAUUUUUUUCCACAAUGUCAAUAAAAUAAAGUAUAGCUUA